UCUGCGCAGGUUACUGCGCAUGUUAAUCACAACAUAGUAUGAGCGCAUGCUACUGCAGGUUGUGUCCUCUUUAUUAGUGCUCGACUUUCUUCAUACAUUCAUCUGAAAUGCCACCAAAGGGGAAAGGUGGCAAGGGCGGUAAAGGAGCUGCUUCAGGAAGUGCAGACGCUGACAAGAAAGAAAAAGCACCAAAGGGAGGAACUGCUGUGAAGGUUCGACAUAUCCUCUGUGAAAAACAUGGAAAAUGCAUGGAGGCAAUGGAGAAACUGAAGGCUGGAGUCCGUUUCAGUGAAGUAGCAUCACAAUACAGUGAAGACAAAGCUAGACAAGGAGGUGAUCUGGGGUGGAUGACACGAGGUUCGAUGGUUGGACCGUUCCAGGAUGCAGCUUUCGCCCUAUCCGUCAGUUCCAUGGAUAAACCUGUGUACACAGACCCUCCUGUCAAGACAAAGUUUGGGUACCACAUAAUUAUGGUAGAGGGGAAAAAGUGACCUGGCUCAACGCUUGAAAUGACAAAUUCUACAGUGUGCAACUGAUUAUCUCCUGAUCUGAUGUUGGUUCAGUGUUAGUGGUUGCUUUUUAUAUUUUAUGGAAUGUUUGAAAACACAAAAUUAAAUAACCCUCGUGUCAGCUUUAUUUUUGGUUAAAUGCACACUGCCUUACUGACAGUUCAACCUGACGGGAAGUAUUCUUAACUUUCAUAUUCACAUAAUUCACCAGAUUCUCUGAUAAAAUGUGUGGAAAUCAAAUCACAAAUGGACUAAAUAAAUGCAUUUUCAUUGAAGUAGUACAAAA